AUGGCUCAACAACAGACUGAUAAUGUGAUGCGAAGAAAGUUGGUGAUCAUCGGGGAUGGUGCCUGUGGGAAGACCAGUCUGCUGAGCGUCUUCACCCUGGGCUAUUUUCCAACCGUUCCGACGGUAUUCGAAAACUAUGUGACGGAUUGCCGAGUGGAUGGCCGUUCGGUUCAAUUGGCACUAUGGGAUACUGCUGGUCAGGAAGAUUACGAACGAUUGCGUCCACUCGCCUAUUCCAAGGCGCAUGUGAUCCUCAUUGGGUUCUCCGUGGACACGCCCGAUUCGCUCGAGAACGUCAAACACAAGUGGAUUGAAGAAGCGAACGAACGAUGUCCGGGUGUCCCCAUCAUCCUUGUCGGGUUGAAGAAAGAUCUGCGGGAAGAUCCUCUGGCCGUCGAGGAGAUGAGAAAGAAGUCGCUAAAGUUCGUGACGCCCAAAGAAGGAAGCGAUAUUUCAACGCAGAUCGGAGCCCGCAAGUAUCUCGAAUGUUCCUCGUUAACCGGCGAGGGCGUCGACGAUGUAUUCGAGGCGGCCACGCGUGCCGCGCUUCUGACGUUCGACAAGCGAAAAAGCUCCUGUUGCAUUGUGCUAUAA